UGUGGCCAGCUGAAUGGAUCACACUGGUAGGGUGAUAGGAGUUAGUAUGAGCCACUUAAUAGAAAAGCCUUCAAAUAGAAAAAGCUCUUGUUACUACUGUUGUAAUUGUUUAUUUCUCAUGUUUCUGCUAAGAACAAGUUGUACUUGCAGUCUAAGACUGGCCCAUCUAGUUGCCUCAUCUAUCAGAAACCUAGUCGUAAACUUGGGAAGGAAGCUGGGGGAAAAAAAGGCUUUGAGUAGCCACAAUGGAUGGCCAAAGCCCGACUACAAAGCCAUGCACUGGGUGAUGCUGGGAGUGCCCCUCUGCUCUCAGUCAUGGCCCUGAAAGACUUCAGUGAGCCGGAGUCAGCUGGGACCCCAGAGCCUAUCUAAACCUAGCUCUUCAGGGGUUUAUGGAGGGGAUUCAGGGGAUGCUUAUAGGAAGAAAAAGUAGGAAGUAUAGAUGAGCUUUGCAGUCUCUUGAACGUCACCAAGCGUCUGCUCUCUCUGGACCUGCACAGUUUCCUGUCUGCCUCUCUCUGGGCCUCUGCCCUCUCUUUGUGGGCCAGCUUCCUCUCCUUCUGCAGGGCCCCACGGCCCCAUCACUUGGUCUUGUGCAUGGCAUUCACUUCUUCUAGCCCUACGAUUCCCCGUGAGCUGACUGUAGUCUUUGGUCACCGUUGCAACUUUGAAAGUACUGAUUGGUCCAGCACCCUUAUGGGUGAGUUGCUUUUGAGUCAAAGUUCUACCCUGUGUCCAUCCGGGGACUGCCCAGGUGUGAGUGUGGGUUGGGUAGCAGGAAGACCUGGCAGAAUGACUUGAGCAUUUGAACAGUACUGGAGGUCUGCAAGCCAUCUGACAAAGGAUUUAAGUAGCAUUAGUGGAGCCCCCAUAUUCCCUCAUCAGUCGGCAGAUUGCCGUGACUGGGGUGCAGGUGCAUGGGGGGGAGAGGCAGGGGGUGCUGAUCAGCUGGGAAGGGGCACGAGACUAGGCUUUUCAGGGUCUUUGCCUAGGUCACAGGGCCGCAGAAAUCCAGGAAGUCUGUCUGUUUGGACAGAUGAUGGGGUGAACUAUCCCUGUCUCGGUGAAGGUUUGGCCUGAAGCAAAAGGCGGGGUAAGAGAGUCUAGCUAGAGAUGGGGAGGGGGGCCUCCCUCCUGGGAAGAGGGCAGGUGAGUCAGCAGCCCCAGAGUCCACCAGCCCUGGGAGCCCCUUGCUUUUGUUCCCUGGGGAAGGCUCAUUACCAGCAGGCUCCCAGGUGGCCACCAGCUCAGCUGCGUUUUGCAGGUAGAGAUCUCGUCCCAGCCUGACCCAGUCUCCCCACGGAGACUUUGGCUCCUGCUGUUUUGUCAGCAUUAAUUACAGACAGCAGCAAAGUGCCCAUAUGCUGCAAGUGACUUUUUAUUUUUCCAUGUCAACUGAUGCCUUUGUCCUUUGCUCUGCUCUGCCCUGAGCCUUUGUGGGACCUUGACAUUUCCACCCCCUCAAUGGCUCAUUUCAUCUUCACUUUCAUCUGAUGAUGAAACUUCCUAUCAGUGUCUGAAGUCUCAUGGGGAUGACUGUUGUUUCUCAUGGCAUCUCAGGGUCUCUUCCCCCUGGACACCAUGCUUGUGUGUUACCACUCGUCUCUGUCCUUCAGGGGGUUUCCCACCUUUUGCUCCUUACCGUUCCCACUCAGAUACCCCCUCCCCGGGCUUGAUUAGGGGAGUGCAUUUAAUCAGUAGGUCUUACCUUCUAUUUGGGCUAAGCUGAAUGUGAACAUGAAAAGUGAGAAUCCACACGGCUGGCACUCUACUCUAAUUUCCACUGCCAGUGUUACCCGUGGUGAGCCAGGAUGUGGGUGAGGGAGGGGCCAGGCGGCCCUGGGGAAGGAGCAGGGGAGGAAUGGGCACCCUUCUCCAUGGCUGAGAGCGGCUUAUAUGGCACAGAAGUCCUGGAGGCAGCAUUCCAAGAUGAGACAUUUGGAAACUCUUUGACCGGGCCUUACGGAAAUAACCUUGGAUUUCCCCAAAGAUUUACUUUUAAGCACUCUUUGUAAUUACCAUAAAAACAUUGGAGAUGGCCAGCCUUUGGGGGUGGGGUAACAUUUAUAGCCACAUAGGUGCAAGUUAUAUCACUGUUACAAUGGGGCUGCAGGAGAACGCUGAUGACACAGAACCAAGUCAUGCCUAGCUUUAUUGCAGCUUUGUGAAAGAUCUGGAUAACCAAAUAAAACCAGGAAGAGUGUGUUAUCUGUAGUUAUCUUGGGUGGAGAGGAAUAGGUAAUUUUUUUCCUUCUGUUGACUUAAUUAUAUUUUCUGAAGUCUCUAGAUUAAACACAAAUUUCUUUGAUCCUGGGAAAAAAAACAAUUGCUUGAAAAACAUGCUGUUCACCCAGACAGCUAUAAUAAUAUAUGGACUGAAAAUUUAGUUUCCGUUAAAAAUGCUCUCAAAAUAAAUCGGGAAUUGAAUUCACAUUCGUAACAUUCCAAACAACAUACUGUGGGUCAAAGGGAGACUGUGAGCAAGUUGGAUGUGUUCGUUGAUUGAAAUCAGGUACCCAUAGCCUUAUCUAAACAUGAGACUUGGGGCCAGAACUGUACUUUUCUUUUUCUUGCUUUUCUUACUAAUAAUAGCUAGUAGCACAGGAUUAAGUGACUGUGGUAGAAUUUGCUUUGCUUCAUCUAGAGCUCAGUGAAAUUGCACAGCCCCCGAAGGGGUAGGUCUGGGUGAAUAGAUGGGCAGUUUGGGUCCUGGAAAGGUGCCUGGCUGUUUCAGGUAGGGCUGUAGUUCUGGAAGGGGCUCUGAGGUGUCACGAGUGACCAGGGCCAGGAGUGGGAGGAGGAAGGGGGCUAGCCCUCCUGCAUGUGUUAACAUAUGCGCUUCUGGUGCUUUGUCGGCAACUUUUCUGUGUGUGCGUGUGUGCGUGUGUGUGUGUGUGUUUCCUCUGUAGGUGAGGUAGAGCCGAUUGUGCAGAGCUCUGCGGCCAGCAGCCCACAGAGAAGCAGUGAGCCCCAGCUGAAAUGAAUUGGCCUCCUUGAGCGUGCCCAUGCCCUGGUGCCCAGCCUCUGUCCCAGCAAUGAGGUCUUCCCCAUCCAUGAAGGCUUUGAUCCUGGGCUGGAUGUGGGCUCCUACUCCUGGGCUAAGAUUCUUGAACACCUUGUUUGCAAGAAGAAAACGCUCACUUAUUUGGCACAUGAAGCCGAGCCACAGGCCCUGACCUUGUCUCUGGGAGCAUCGAGAUGUGUUUUGAUCAUCCUGAGAAAAAUGAGCCUUGGCCUCCAGACCCCAUAAAGCCAACCUUCCUCCUAUGGAGAAUAGUGCUGGUUCCUGAGGACCUGCUGGGCCUGCAGCCCCAGGGGGAUUAGCCGGGAGCAGGCCUGUUUCCUGCUCAGAACAGAGUGGCUACCUUGAGCACAUCUUUCAUUAUGAUUCACGCCAACUUGAAGAAAAAGUUCAGCUGCUGUGUGCUGGCCUUUCUGCUGUUUGCAAUCAUCUGUGUGUGGAAGGAGAAGAAGAAAGGGACUUACUAUGAUUCCCUUAAGUUGCAAAGCAAGGAUUUCCAGGUGUUGAGAGGUCUGGAGAAACAGGCUGAGACUUCAAGCAGCACCCAGGACCCCCACAGGGGCAGCCACGCCCUCAGCAGCCCCCGGGGCCCAGCCAAGGCCAAGCCGGAGGCCUCCUUCCAGGUGUGGAACAAGGACAGCUCUUCCAAAAACCUCAUCCCCAGGCUGCAGAAGAUCUGGAGGAACUACCUGAAUAUGAACAAGUAUAAAGUGUCCUAUAAGGGGCCAGGGCCGGGGGUCAAGUUGAGUGCCGAGGCCCUGCACUGCCACCUCCGGGAACGUGUGAACGUCUCCAUGGUAGAGGUCACAGAUUUUCCCUUCAACACCUCCGAGUGGGAAGGCUUCCUGCCCAAGGAGAACAUUAGGACCAAGGCUGGGCCGUGGGGCACGUGUGCUGUGGUCUCAUCGGCAGGAUCUCUGAAGUCCUCCCAGCUCGGCCGAGAAAUAGAUGAUCAUGACGCAGUCCUGAGAUUUAAUGGGGCGCCCACAGCCAAUUUCCAACAAGAUGUGGGCACGAAAACCACUAUUCGCCUGAUGAAUUCUCAGUUGGUCACCACUGAAGGGCGCUUCCUCAAAGACAGUUUGUACAACGAGGGAAUCCUAAUUGUGUGGGACCCAUCUGUUUACCAUUCAGAUAUCCCAAAGUGGUACCAGAGCCCUGACUACAGCUUCUUUGAGAACUAUAAGAGUUAUCGCAAGCUUCAUCCCGAUCAGCCCUUUUACAUCCUCAGGCCCCAGAUGCCUUGGGAGCUGUGGGACAUCAUUCAAGAAGUCUCCCCGGAGGAGAUUCAGCCCAACCCCCCAUCCUCUGGGAUGCUUGGCAUCAUCAUCAUGAUGACGCUGUGUGACCAGGUGGAUAUUUAUGAGUUCCUCCCAUCCAAGCGCAAGACUGACGUGUGUUACUACUACCAGAAGUUCUUUGACAGCGCCUGCACGAUGGGCGCCUACCACCCCCUACUCUUUGAGAAGAAUCUGGUGAAACACCUCAACCAGGGCACAGACGAGGACAUUUACCUGCUUGGGAAAGCUACGCUGCCUGGCUUCCGGAGAAUUCGCUGCUGAGCGUGGGCUUCCUGGUCAGGUCCCCUCACCCUUCUCCACCGAGCGUGGGCAGAUGACAUUCCUGAACAAUCACAGCCUGCACCGCGGGCCUUCUGUCAGCAAGAGCCUCGGGCUGCAGGAGUCCCAAGAGCAAGCAUCCAGGUCCAGCCUGCCCCGUAGCUGCAGAGGUGUGUGUGUGACCCCCAAAGCCUCCUGCCACACACAUGUGCACACACACCUAGCAUUCUUUCCACACACAGGCAAAUACGGGAUCCACCUUUCUCCCCAGGGCUGCCAAAGCUGGGCUGUUUUCCCCAAGGGAGUGGCAUUAUUCUCACAAACCAGCACUCUCUGUUGCUUGAAAUCUGCUCCUAGAUACUGAUUUCGUGUUUUAAAGAAAUUCUCCUAAAUGAUGAUUUGCCCUAAAUGAUGAUAAGGUGGCUCUGGGGACCAGUAGGUAGUAGGGAGCGUAGGACACAUCCUCGAUUCCUCUAGAACAAAGCUGCUGCCAAGCUCCAUGCCCUCGGGAGAGGUGGCAUUCCUGUCGCUCUAGCUGGUUUGGCGGGUCCUUAACCUGGGUGCUUGUGGGCAAAGGGUCUUGCCGAACGCACAUCCUCUCCACAGGGCGAUGAGAGGCACAGAAGGGCACAGGCUCCAUCCUCCAGCUGCUUGCAAGCUCGGGAGGGGCCGCACACUUGCUCUGUCUGCCGGUCGGAGAGGGCUUCUCUGAGCUGGGCUGUGGAGGAGAUUUUAGAGGAAGAGGAGAAACAGGCCAAGCAGACGCUUGACUCAUUUGAGUUGCGUUUUCCUUUCUGCCUUUAUUGCCUACAUUUAUUCUCUAAGGUCUGCCUGAACUUAGGGGCUCAGAUGAUUUUUUGAGGAACCCCCCCCCAACCCGUCUGAGGCAGGGAGUGCAGCCCCCUGGCAGACACCAGGCAAGCCAGAUGCCAAAAACCUGAUUUGUCCAUGCUCAGCCUGGCCUGACCCUACCCUGCAGUGGGAUUUGCACACCGCGCCCACUGCUUCCUUAACGCCCACCCCGCCCCACCCCUGACUGCAAUCUUGUUUUCCCCUUUAAAGCAGUGGGUUUUUUUUUUUCUCUCUCGCUCAAAUUAUUUUUCAACAUUUUCUGCUUUACAACAGUAUCCUGAUCUGAUGAUUUCUUUGACCUUCCCGGGCCUUUUGCGGGACGUCUCUCAGGGAGUGGGGAUGUGGUUCCCUAGCAUUUAAAGUUGCUCUCGGAAGUCAGAACCUUAGAGAUCAUAACCGAUUCUCACAAGGUUUAUCAGACAGCCAUGCCCUCUGGCCCUCCAGCAACGGUGCAGCGUCAGAGUCUCCAGACAGAGGCCCUCGCACCCUGGUCUGCCAACAGGCUUCCUGGGUAGUUGUGCUACCCCAUUCCCUGGUGGAGAAGCAUACUGGGCUAGGCCAGCCCUGCUGUGUGGAGAAGGCAGAGCGCUCGCUCAGGGUCACAAAGUAAUGCUGUAGAGCCAGGGUUCCUAGACCUGGGCGUUUGGACUCCUGGCCUCAUGUGCUCAAGGGCCCCUCAAGCUUGAGCUCUAGAUCUCUGGGAGCUGGAGCUGGCUCACUUGCUGCCAAACCCUUGGUUGAUAGAAGAGUAGAAGGACCCCAGAGGAAGAAGCCCCGGGUUUUCAAAUUGAUGCUCCCCCUGCCCCGUUUACCAGCCAUACCACCAUUGGUGAAUUCUCUCUGAGACUCUGUUUCCACGUCUUUAAAAUGGGGGGGUGAUGAGCCUACCUCACAGGGCUGUUCUAAGGGUUACAUGAAACACCUAUCCUGGUUCUGUCCUAGGAGGUUCCCCGCGCAUGGUGGCUUCCUCCCUCCCUCCCUUCCUUCCUUUUCUAAGGACCUGCUGUGUGCUCACACCUGGGCAAGACCUUACUUUGAGGGAGGCCGGAGAGGGGUCCUAUCAUCAGGGAAUUAACUCUCCUAUUGGGACACCUGCCUGGAAUGCCCAGAAAACCAUCCGAGGCAGUGGAACGUGCAGAGGGUGUCCCCCCCCCCGCACCCCCCCCCCCCCCGCCUCCUUCUCCUCCUCCCCCUCCUCUUCCUCCCUGCUUGCAGUUCUGACCUCUCUGCUUGGGGAUAGGCAGCGCACUUGGGCCGCUUCUUGCUGUGUGGGGAGUCUUUCCCCUCUCCGGGCCCCCCGGGCCCGGGCCCAUAAAACAUUGCUUUAUGUUCUGAUUUGACGUGCUUGCUGCAAUCUCUGAAUCACAAACAGUGAGAGGCAGGUGGCAUUCCAUCAGCAGGAGGUAGGUGUUGGUGUGGACAAUGAGACUACACUGGGUAGAUGCUAGCUUUAAUUGUUAUUAUUCAUCUAAGGGAUCAAAUUAAUUUAAUUCUGUGUUGUCUAUGGAAACUAGUAAACUGCAGAUAAGAUAGGGGUAUUAUUGUUGGUCUGGUGAGAUGUUUAAUGUUUGCGACAGAUAAUUUAGAAAUGGUGACUGCACGCUGCAUUUGGAAAGUCCCCGUCUUGAGGGGGUCGCGUCUUCGUCAGUAGCCAUCGCUCCAUCCUAUAUCAUGAGGUCCCCUGGCUCUUCAGUCGCAGAAACUGUUCACGUUGGUCUGGAGACCUCGAUCUCAGAAGUGUCUGCACCGUGCCUGAUCCGAUCAUGAAUUAUCCAAAGAUGAUGUAAAAUUUUAAAAUAAACGUGUUUUUCAAAAA